AUGUCGAUCAAACGGCAGGCAUCCGACAGCUUCAGCCAGCCGCAAGCCUUGGUCAAGAGGCAGAAGUCGAGUUCAGACCUCAAAGACGGCAAAGCUCUGAGAGUUGGUGCGAAAGAUCAGAAUGGCGCUGUCGUGCAUUCGGCUCUGCGCACCAGCGCUCUCACUGCCCCGAUCAUGGAACUCACCGGUCACUCUGGCGAGGUCUUUGCGACGAGGUUUGAUUCAACAGGACAACAUAUCGCUUCGGGCUCCAUGGACCGGUCCAUUAUGCUGUGGAACACCUACGGACAGUGCGACAACUAUGGAGUCAUGACCGGCCAUAAGGGUGCAGUGCUAGAUCUCCAGUGGUCGCGCGACUCGAGGACAAUCUACUCCGCAUCCGCAGACAUGACCGUGGCAAGUUGGGAUCUCGAAACGGGCCUGAGGAUACGCAAGCACGUCGGUCACGAGGAGGUCAUAAACUGCUUGGAACUAAGCCGACGAGGUCAGGAUCUGUUACUCAGCGGCAGCGACGAUGGUACCAUCGGCAUAUGGGACCCUCGACAAAAGGCAGCGGUCGACUACAUCGAGACAGAUUUUCCCAUCACAGCGGUAGCACUGGCGGAGCAAGGCCAUGAGAUCUACUCUGGUGGGAUUGACAACGACAUAAAGGUCUGGGAUGCUCGUAAGAUGGAGGUCACAUAUACUCUCAGCGGCCACCAGGAUACAAUCACAUCGCUGGAAGUCUCCCCCGACUCGCAAACACUACUAUCCAACUCCCACGAUUCCACGGUACGGACUUGGGAUAUCAGGCCCUUUGCGCCGGUCGACCGAGCUGUGCAGACUUACGACGGUGCUCCAUCCGGCUUCGAGAAGAACUUGAUACGUGCUAGCUGGAGUCCGAAAGGAGACAAGAUAUGUGCUGGUGCUGGUGACCGAACGGUCGUUGUAUGGGACACUCGAUCAGCUAAGUUGCUGUACAAGUUGCCUGGGCACAAAGGGGCGGUGAAUGACACUCGAUUCUCGCCGACCGAAGAGCCGAUCAUUGUUUCUGGCUCGACAGAUCGGAACCUCCUUCUGGGAGAACUAGGGAGGUGA